CUCCAGAGGAUACGGACUCUCCGUCGAGUCCUACCCCAACCCUAGUGAGUAGUAAUUGACUAAUUGGUAAUUGGCUCACUCGUUAGAAGUUGCUAGAAGUCCAGUAACAAAAUUGGUGCAAAAAAAUGGCGUUGAGAGGAAAAUGGCAACUACAGAAGUUGAUCGUAAGCUACUGCGAUUGGGGGGGAAGCAGCCGUGGUAUAAGGUCAUUUAUGGAAAAUAUUCUUCCUAUAUUUAAGGAAAGCAACCCCCAGCUUGAAGUUGUUACUGAGCUCAUCCGGGGUCAACAUCCACAUCUAAAAGGGUUUUACAGGAACCAAAAUGAGCGUGUGGUUUGUGUGAAGAACUUGACUCCAGAAGACAUACAAUUGCAUGCAACCAGAUUGAGAAACGCACUGGGAAGGAAGGUUUUGAAGUUGAAGACAAGGCAUGUUACCAAACAUCCUAGUGUCCAGGGCACAUGGACAACUGAUCUCAAAUUGUGAAGUGAAAGUAUUGUGCAACUUAAGUUCCUUUCAUGCAUGUCUAGGUUGAGACGAGUUUUGUUAUAUAAUUGCUUGGGUGGUCCAGAAAAGUGCUCAGAAGAUUUUGUGGUGCAACCAUGAUAUUAAGAGUUAUAAAUGAUUUGGCUUACAAGAUUUAAUACUAAUUGCUUUAUAAUCAUGAUGGAGAUUGUUAUUUUUGGCCAAAUAGAUGUGGUUGACAAUUUUUUGGCUUUCUUUCUCUCCUUUUCAUUCGUUUCCUUUUACCUUUCUCCCUAAGUACGAAAAAAGUUGCAUAAUCUCCGUCGUAUAUGUGAAACUCGGAGAAAAAAGUUGCAUAAUCUCCGUCGUGUAUGUGAAACUCUUUGCCUUUGGCAAGAUGGUGUUGUUUAUGAUACGGUUGUUUUCCGAUUUUUUUUUA